CUGCUAGCAGUGGCCACAGAAUAGCACCAGUGAGUGAAAUUCUCAACUGAAUAAUCUUCAACCAUCUUGAUAAAUCCUGACGUUUACAUACUUCUUAGUUGUUUUUUUACCCUAAAGUAUACGUUUAAGAUCCGGAGAUGGGCAAAUUCAUGAAACCUGGGAAGGUGGUGAUGGUCCUUGCUGGGCGCUACGCUGGUCGUAAAGCUGUUAUCGUCAAGAACAUUGAUGAUGGUACCUCAGACCGCCCUUAUAGCCAUGCACUGGUCUCGGGCAUUGACCGCUACCCCCGCAAAGUGACCACAACCAUGGGCAAGAAGAAGAUUGCCAAGAGGUCCAAGAUCAAGGCUUUUGUAAAGGUGUACAACUACAAUCACCUCAUGCCCACCAGAUACUCUGUGGACAUUCCUCUGGACAAAACCGUCGUCAACAAGGACGUCUUCAGAGACCCUGCCCUGAAACGCAAAGCCAGGCGGGAGGCCAAGAUUAAGUUUGAGGAGAGGUACAAGACAGGCAAGAACAAAUGGUUCUUCCAGAAACUUAGAUUCUAGGCGUUCAUUGGUUUCACUAAUAAAUGUAUAAAAAAAAAACA